AUGUAUGGAGAUGUCGGCAACAAACUGGCACUCCCUCAGCUCCCGGCCUACCAGACCGAGCUCGUCCGCACCGUAGUACGUGAAGUCCGCGAACUCAACCGAGAAGUCAACACCCUGCUCGAGCCCUUUGGUUCUUCUUUCAAUCCAUCUCAAGACCCUGCAACUGCAUGCGCUCUCCUCGUCAACCACCUGAGCAUGCGCCGCAACAAACGUUGUCUCUUGGCCUACCACCGUGUACGUACCGACAAGCUCGAAGACAUGUGCUGGAGGGGCGUCGACAUCAUUGGAGCCGAUCAGACAACCCCCGAGCCACAAACCAUGAACGCCGAAGACACCAAGAGCAGUCUCAGCCCCGAGGAAGAGGAAUACGUUCGUCUGUACAGCGAUCUUCUGGCCGCGUACAAGGGCCAAUGGACCGACAUUGACCUGACUGGGAGCCUGGACCCGCCGACCGAUCUCUUCAUUGAUGUCCGCGUAUUGAAAGACGCCGGUGAGAUCCAAACAGAAUACGGAGCCAUCAACCUCACCAAGAACAGUCAAUUCUACGUCCGCCAAGGAGACGUGGAGCGUUUGAUUCAGCAGGGCUAUUUGCAGAAGCUCAGUUGA